ACGGGCGUGUUAUCGUUAUCGGAAAGCGCGUCGCAAGCGUUUUUACAAUUUGUAUUUAUUAUUUGCCGCUGGACACAAUACUUUGGAAAGACUGCUGAAAAAUGUCCGGUUUGGAGUCGUAUAUCAACCACACAGUGUCCAUCCUCACAGCGGACGGACGGAACUUCAUCGGGACCCUUAAGGGGUUCGACCAGACCAUUAACAUCAUCAUCGACGAAUGUCAUGAGCGCGUCUUCUCCACGACGUCGGGCAUCGAGCAAAUUGUCCUGGGACUGCACAUCAUCCGUGGGGACAACAUCGCCGUGAUCGGACUGAUAGACGAGACCAUCGACUCCCGCUUGGAUCUGGCCAACAUCAGGGGCGAGCCGUUGGGCCCGGUGGUGCACUAGGAUAGCAAAUAAAACCAGUGAUUCUCAAGA